GAACAGCGCCACAGGCCCGCAGCACCAACCCACUUGCUGGGCAACUUUCUGGCCCUGACGAUUCCUCCGGGACGCCUCACAAUGCAGCUUUCCCAAGCGUCGUCGCGGGGCUGCGCCACGCACCGCGUGCGGCCCUUUACCAGCCGCAUCCCAGCGCGCGUGUGCAUCCGCGCCCAGGCGGGCGAGGGCGGCCCCAGCACGCAGCCAUCGCCCACGCCAGCUGGCUCCGCGCCGGCGACGCGCCCCGCGACCGCAGCAACCCCAGCAGGGCCCCGCCCCGGCAGCGUGCCGCGCCCCACGCCCCCAGGCGGCCGCCCCGGGCCGCCUCCCCGGCCAGGCCCGGGCGGUCCGGGCAGGCCGGGCGUGAUGCUGGGCCCUGACGGUCAGCCCCUGGAGGUAGUGCCGGUGGAGUCGACGGGCGAGGACGCCUGGGCGGGUGUGGCACGUGUGGACCGCGGCGGCAGCAGCGCGUUUGACCUGCAGAGCGCGCUGCUGCUGGCGGCGGGCGAUGCGGUGGCCCUGCUGCUGUUCGCGGCGGCGGGCCGCUCCAACCACGGCGAGGCCACUCAGGUGGCGGACGCGCUGGGCACUGCCCUGCCCUUCAUCAUCGGCUGGUUCGCCACGGCGCCCUUCCUGGGCGGCUUCGGCGCCGACGCGCGCAAGAAGGGCGUGCCCACCGCCGCUGCCACCGCCGCCAAGUGCUGGGCUGUGGGCGUGCCGCUGGGGCUGGUGAUCCGCGGGCUCAGCCGGGGCUACGUGCCGCCGACGCCCUUCAUCGCUGUGAGCAUGGGCGUGACUGCGGUGCUGCUGGUGGGCUGGCGCUCGGCCCUGGCCGCAACAACCAAGCCGGACGAGCCCGACUCGCUCAAGGCGCGCAAGGACAAGCGCGGCAACCCCUUUGAGUUUCUGGAGCUGCUCAUGUCGCUGACCAAGCGCUGGUAGAUGUGUGUGGACGCAAGGAUGGAGAUGACACGGGACGAGAGGGGUCGGAUGAUGGGGUGGGAUGGCACACCGCCGCCCAUGCUGUGGUGCGGGAGUCCUAUGACGCAGGCGGGCAAGUCGCGAGGCUUUGAAACUAUAAAUCCCUGCCGGUAUUGCAAGUGUACUCGAACUGACUAAAAGUUCUGGCAGCGCCAGUGUUAACGUUCUGUCUUGACGACGCGAGUGACUUACGACGCUGUCUGCGACCACGGCCUGCGACGCUCCUGGAGGAGCUGAUACUAGGAUCUCCUAAUUUUGUGGUUUUACCCAAGUUAUGGGAUUCUGCUGAGCAUUCGGACCUUGUUUGCGGCGGGACGUGGAUGCAAUGGCGCGCCCGCUGAACGAACUUGCCAGUGACCUUCUGGUCAAGUAAGCAGAUGAUCCAAAUGCUCAUAUCCUGGGACAGUUGGCACACAAAGGCCGCCGUUCGUGCCGCGCCAGUGCCGAUGUAACAGGUCUCGCAC